AUGUCUCGAUCAUCCAGCCCUGAUGCCCACUGGGAUCAACUAGAGACCUGGCUGAGUGCCCUGACUAGCACCCUUAUUCCUGAAGCCGCCAGGGACCUGCAGAACAUGAGCCGGGAACAGCUCGAUGACAACCUGAGUGCCUUGAUGGCCCACGACCCGACACAGGACUACAGCCACAAAGAGCUGGCCAAGAUCGUCGGGUCACUGGCCCAUAACCUCCUCGGCCAGGCAAAGCUGAGUGAAGAGAGCAUCUCCCGCUGGGAACAGGAAGCAGCAGCGCUGAAGCUCCAGGCUGAGGGAGCUCAGAGAAACUGGAUGCACGCUCAGAGUCAACUGGACCAGCUAACCUCGGAGACUCAGCACGAGCACAGGACAGCGGACGAAAAGGACCCAGAGCUGCAGGAGGAACAGGAAAAGGACACCAGAGAGGAGCUGAGUAAAAAACUCCAGCAAGCUGAGGCUCUCCUGAGGAGAGCAGAGACUGAACUUAAAGAAAGAGAAGCCAGGGCCAAGGCCUGUGAGGGCCACCUGCAAAGUGCCCGGGCUGAAGUCAGUGCCCUGGCCCAACAAAGAGACUAUUUGAAAGAAGAACUUGACACAGUUCACCGAGAGCUUAAACAUUCAUAUAGACUGCAAAGUGACUCUGAAAGGGAAAUCCCACUGCUCAAGACAUCACCUGCCAGCAUCCCAGAACCCCCAGCAGCAGAAAGGGGUAUGUCACCUAAAGAAUUGGAUAAGCUGGCUAGAAAUAUUCCCACUUUCACUCCAAGCCCUACAGGAGGCCACGAUGUGCACGACUAUUUAAAAGACAUUGAUUUUCACUUGCAAACUGUUGCCAAUGUUACCACACGAGACAGACUGUACCUGCUCAGAAUCACCGCCAGCCGUGAAGUCCGGAGCUUUCUAGACCGACAGCCAGAAACAGUCAAAGUGGAUUACCAGCAACUGCAGCAGGCUUUGAUUAAAGAAUUCUCUGACCCAGAAUCAGAGCAAGGGCUGAUUACGGCCAUGGACCUUAAACAGGGCAGACAGGAAACCACGCAGUCUUUCUACACCAGGCUCAGACAAGCAUACUUCGGAGCACGGAAUGAGCCAGGAAUGGAAGAAGAAUUCAAUUUCAAAACUCUGUUCCUCCGGAACCUGCACCCAACAGUGAGUCACCAUUUGGGGGUUCUGGCUUGCCCACGGACUAUGUCCACCCAACAGCUGCGAGACUUAAGCCAUAAGGCCUAUGCCAAACAAAGAACUGCUUCUGAAAAGAUGGGAAAACCCCCCACAAUCUAUCCUGUCACUAAUCAGAGUUCAGAACUUGCCCUAGAGGGCGCCAAGCCAAGCCACAGUGACAAACCUGUCAACACAAUGUCAAGAUCCUUCCCAGCCAGCAGAGGGCAGCGUGGCCAUGGUGGUGCCCGUCCAAAGCAUCAGACUGGGCACCCCGAGAGAUCCUGGGACAGGUCACAACCACCUCUCAACCGAAAGGGUGAAGCCACCUGGGAAGCUAAGAGACAGUCCAAAGGGUACCGACACUCACCGACACAAGCAUCGAGCUCAGACUGCCAGCAGCAGAACCCCUCUCAACACGCCCUGGACAAGCCCAAAUAUAAACCGUCAGCCGAACAGAACCGGGAAGCUUCGUCUGAAUCAGUAGAGAUCAUGAGACUUUUAAAGGAGCUCCUCCAGGAAAAGUCCCACAAGAGAGACAAGAAGGAUGAGUCAGAUCAGUUAUGA